CCUCUUCAGUUGUCAACCCACACAUAUGGGACACUGUGCUAUUUCUGCCCCCUCGUCCAGGGAGAUGGCCAUUUUUCGGCCCAUCUCCUGACCCCUCCUCUUCGCCUCCCUCUUGGCACUUGGCAGAUCCGGGCAGCUAUUCCAGGAACUGGAAGCCAAGCACAACAGGUGCUCGGGAGGUCAUCAUGAUCAGCCCAGACCCUAGGCCUGCCUCUGGCUUGGCCCGGUGGGCUGAGAGCUACGAGGCCAAGUGCGAGCGCCGGCAGGAGACCCGUGAGAGCCGCCGCUGCCGCCCCAAUGUGACCACUUGCCGCCAGGCGGGGAAGGCGCUGAGGACCCAGCAGAGGGAACAGCUCCAGAGAGCACGACAACAGCAGUUUUUCAGACGGAGGAACCUGAAGCUGGAGGAGAAAGGCAAGGCACAGAGCCUGCAGGCCAGGGAGCCAAGUCCCUCCAGGAGGCCAGGCCAGGCGACUGACCUCAAGGAGCCCUUGUCUUGGGCCAACAGGAUUUCCUCCCCCAGACAGCAGGUGUCAGGGACCAGCUCCGAGGUCUUUGCAACCCAACACCAUCCUCCCUCAGGCGCCUGGAGGGGUCCGGCUGACCACCUCCCCUCCCAGGCUGGGGGCCUUCCACCACAGGACUCUCCCAUCAAGAAGCCACCCAAACACCACCGUGGCACUCAGACAAAGGCAGAAGAAACACAGCCAACAAUUAAGAACGAUGCCAGUCAGCAAACCAAUUAUGGAGUUGCAGUUCUAGAUAAGGAAAUCAUCCAACUUUCUGAGUACCUCAAAGAGGCCCUACAGAGGGAGCUGGUUCUAAAACAGAAAAUGGUGAUUCUCCAAGACCUACUGUCUGCCCUGAUUCGGGCCUCUGACAGCUCUUGGAAGGGCCAGCUUAAUGAAGACAAAUUGAAGGGCAAACUGAGAUCUUUGGAAAACCAGCUGUACACCUGUACCCAGAAAUACACUCCUUGGGGAAUGAAUAAGGUGCUAUUAGAGAUGGAAGAGCAGAAAAACAGCUAUGAACAGAAGGCCAAGGAGUCACUGCAGAAAGUGCUGGAGGAGAAAAUGAGUGCAGAGCAGCAACUGCAGAGCACACAGGUGUGGCGGUCCCUGGCUCUGGCCGAGCAGAAGUGUGAAGAGUGGAAGAGCCAGUACGAGGCUCUGAAGGAGGACUGGAGGACCCUGGGGACCCAGCACAGGGAGCUGGAGAGCCACCUCCACGUGCUUCAGUCCAAACUGCAGGGAGCAGACAGUAGAGACUUACAGAUGAACCAGGCCCUACGGCUUCUGGAGAAUGAGUGCCAGGGGCUGCAGGCUAAGAUUGAACGCCUGCAGGGGGACAAAGAUCUGUGCAGCUCGGAUACCCAGCACCUACAAGAUCAACUAAAGAGGUCAGAGGAGGAGAAACUUGCCCUGGUGACCAAAGUACAGCAGUUGCAGAGUCUGCUUCAGAAUCAAUCCUUACAGCUUCAAGAACAGGAGAAACUCUUAACAAAGAAAGGUCAGCAAAUUUAUUUCCACAAAUACUAAAAUAUUGCUCUUUCCUUGUCCGCCUAGAGACAGAGGGAUGGACUACAUGACCUCUUGGAGUCCCACCCAGUUCUGGGAGUCUAUUAGGUCAGGGAGCUAGAGGAGCAUUUUAAGGACUCAUCACUGGCUCUGAGAAUACUUUAGUUAGCCUCCUAUCCUGAGAGGUAUAUAAACUGUGAAAAGGAUUUCGACUCCCUCUGAAAACAUAUGUCUGUAUUGAAUAUUUCAAUAAAUUGAUUUUGAACUCAGGAUUUUAUGUUACUUUUUACCCUUAACUUUCCAAACCACAUCCAGCUCCCCAAGUAGAAACCACGUCACAUGCAACCGUCACCUCACUCUCAGCCCUCAAGUCUGCUGCCUUAGCUUCCUGAGAAGAAUUCAUCAUACAUCUGGAGGGGCAAAAGCUCCUCAUUUAUCCACUGCACAUGGCCCUCUGUUCUGUCAUCACAAUCACUGGGUAAAAUAUAAAGAAGGAAUUAUUAUGCCCACAUAGGAUGGAUAAGAAAAUGAAGGUAAAUGAAGGUCUAUGGUCACACAAAUUAAGGACACAGCUAUGACAACAAUCCAGAAUUUCUGACUCCCAGUCCAGGGCUCUCUUCACCAAGACGCAGACUGCCAGGUGGCUGAAAAACCACCUUUAACUACAUGAAGAUGAGUUAUAUGACUGCCAUUCUCAUCUCAUCAUUUUGAAACAAGGACAGAAGGAAAAUGGAGUUAUACUGAAGCAUCCAGCAAACCUCCCAGACUAAAAGAUGUGACAUGCAACCAAAGAAACUAAAUUAAUAAGUAUUUUCUAAAAGUAUCUGGCUUUAGACAGGACUAGAGAUACAGAGAAAAGUAAAAUGCCAACCUUGCCCUAAAGGGGCCCAAAUUCCCGCUGUCUGUCCAGUCUGGGCAGGGUCCCAAUGCAUGUUCUUUAAAAGUCAGAGAAUUGCAAUCCACACAGUCAGGCCAGGGACAGGCCCUUCCUUAUUCCCUCCCGCCUAGGGGUUCUCUCAGUGUGUAGGGGACAUUCCUCGUAUGGGCCUCACCAUCACUGCGAAUCUGGCUGAUUUUUUAGAUCAGGCUUUGCCUGGGUGGAGUCCAAAGCCCUCCCAUAACGAAGUGGAGCCUGAGGGUCCAGGGAAGGAGAAAGACUGGGAUUUCAGAGACCAGCUCCAAAAGAAAACUUUGCAGCUCCCGGCCAAGGAAAAGGA